GUACGAGGCAAGGAAAGUGCUCCUUCUUUGGCAGUUAACUCACCCUCCUCAUUAUUAUUGAAGCUUCGUGUCAUGCCUCUUCAGAAUCACCCUUGAGCUUCACUUUUUUCAUUAAAGGUUGGUCUUUUAAUUUGGUUGAGUUGAGUUGAGCUUGAAUGCUGUCGUAAUUGAUCUACUAAUGGGAAUCCACCUUGCCUUGUUUCUCUUUCUGGGUUCUCUUCGUAUAACAUUAGCUCAAGAUGUUGAACAUGGUUCGAUUCUAGUAGAUGGAACUCAAGCAAUUGCUGAAACUGAUGAUAACUUUGUCUGUGCUACUAUUGAUUGGUGGCCUGAUGAUAAAUGUGAUUACAACUAUUGCCCCUGGGGGAAUUCAUCUGUAGUAAAUUUGGACUUGUCUAAUCCUUUACUUGCCAAGGCAAUCCAAGCUCUCAAGCCUUUGAGGAUAAGGGUUGGAGGUUCUUUGCAAGACCAAGUGGUGUAUGAGGUAGGAAGUUUGAAGUCCCCUUGUCAACCAUUUCAAAAGACGAAAGGUGGAUUAUUUGGAUUUUCAAAGGGAUGUUUACACAUGAAAAGGUGGGAUGAGCUGAAUCAUCUUUUUGAUGAGACACGGGCCAUUGUGACAUUUGGUUUAAAUGCGCUUCAAGGGAGGCACCAGACUAGGCAUACUGUUUGGGGAGGAGACUGGGACCCUACCAAUGCUCAUGAUUUCAUAAAUUACACUGUUUCAAAGGGGUACAAAAUUGAUUCAUGGGAAUUUGGUAAUGAGUUGAGUGGGAAGGGCAUUGGAGCAAGUGUUGAUGCUUCUCAAUAUGGCAAAGACUUGAUAAAGCUUAAACAAAUUUUACGCUCAUUAUACAAGAAAUCCAAGUUCAAACCUGCACUUAUAGCACCUGGAGGAUUCUACAAUAAGCAGUGGUUUGAUAAGCUUCUUCAGGUUUCAGGUCCAGGCAUAAUCAACGCACUGACUCAUCACGUAUAUAAUCUGGGCCCAGGUAGUGACGAGCAUCUUGAAAUGAAGAUUCUAGAUCCUGAGCGUUUGAGCAAGGUAGAAUCAAUCUUUAGCAAUCUUUCAGAAACCAUUAAACAAUAUGGUCCUUGGUCUUCUGCAUGGGUAGGAGAAGCUGGUGGGGCAUUCAACAGUGGUGGUCGUAAUGUUUCUAAUACAUUUGUAAAUAGCUUUUGGUACUUAGAUCAACUUGGAAUAGCAUCCAGAUACAACACUAAGGUUUAUUGCAGACAGACCUUAAUAGGAGGAAACUACGGUCUUCUCAAUACCACUACUUUCACUCCAAAUCCUGACUACUACAGUGCACUUUUGUGGCAGCGGCUAAUGGGGAAAAGCGUUCUUGCAGCUUCUAGUGAUGUCUUUUCACCUUCUUUACGCAUCUAUGCCCAUUGUUCAAAAGGCAGAGACGGUAUAACAUCACUGGUGAUCAACCUAAGCAAUCAAACUCAUUUCACACUAACGGUUCAUGACCGUGAUCCUGUGAGUAAUGGAGGAAAUGAAAAUGCUAAAGGCAUUCGUACAGAAAAUUCAUUCUUCAGUCAUCUCAAGAGGGCAGUUUCUUGGGUUGGAACGAAAGGAUCAGAUGUCACAUUCAGGGAAGAGUACCACUUAACUCCAAAAGAUCAUCAUCUCCGAAGCCAAACCAUGUUGCUAAAUGGUAUUCCACUAAAAUUGACAAAUGAUGGAGAAAUUCCAACAUUGGAUCCAGUACACACUAAUGUACAUUCUCCAAUAUACAUAGCUCCUUUAUCCAUUGCAUUUAUUGUAUUUCCCAACUUUGAUGCUCCCGCUUGUGCUGGACAUAGAAAACUUUAGUCAAAAGGUUUCUUCAUUAAUCUUGUAGAAU